CAAAUGGAUCCAAAAUCGCCGGGCAAUCAGUACGAAUCCAACGGAUAUGUCCAGUCCAGGAACAAGAACAUGGGGCAGCAACGGCCAGCAUUGCUCCCGAUCCAGGAUCAAAUCAACAAACGAUUUUUCGACGGCAACACUCGACAUAAUUUCCUGACCAGAGCUGCCACCUUCACCAUCACUUCCACCUGCACAUCCAUCGCCUUCUCGUCGUGCAUUCCUCGCGGUAAUUUACUUCCGGUGGCUCCGGCCGCUGUUCCCAACUGCCGGAGAAAGCGUGAGCUCCUAGCAGAAGACGAUGGCCAAUUUCCCAUCAAUCCCACCGAAGUUGGACUGGUGUUGUCUACCGUUCUGCCAAGGGCAACCAACGAAAUGAUGGCUGACGACCGUGAAUCCACGACUAUCGAGAUCGUUUCGUCGAAGGAAGAUAGCACAGGAUCACCAUCAGGAGCCAACUCGGAAAGGGAUCAAAAACUGAAAGUGAAACGAUUUUUCUACUGGCCGAAUUACAUCAGCACGGUGACGACAACUACCUGGUCGGUGGUUUCGACUGAACUGACACGGACAUUUGUACCCGGUGUCAAUUUGGACUGCCUGCCACCAGGUUACAAGGUUUGCCCCCAAGCCGGAUAAACAUAUUAUAAUCCGCUUCUUUUGUUAGACUUAACUUUUUUAACGUUUUGCUUAUUAUUU